AUGGGAAGGCGCAAGUCGGCUUUGAUUUUGCUCAAACCCGUUGACGACAGCCGCCUGCAGACAGACAUAAGCAUGCAACUGAUGUCAUGCAAUCAAUCUGAGCAGACAGAAGAGCGAUUAGAUGCGCACCAUAUUGUUCGUAACGAUGGUCAAGGUGGCCUCCCGUUUGUGGAGCAGAUGAUUGCAGAUGCCACGUUGACGCGGAUGGGACACGUGCUCGACUUUUUUGCGGUAAUGCAGUGCGCAGGCCACCUUGACAACGGUGUACGUACAUUGGCGGAGCCUGAGCGUCAAAAGUGGGUCUCCCUGCUAGUCAAAGCCAUUGAGAGCCUGCGGGGUCAUGAAUCACACCAAGAGACUUUGACGUUGAUUGCUGACUUCAAGCUCCUUGGGCGAGCUGAUGACAAGCCCAGUUGGACCUACGCCGACGCAGAAGCGGAGCAGCGGCUGAAGGCUUUGCGUCCGCGGGCCAACGGAAAAGCUGGGCGGUCGAAUGGGUUGCCAGCGUUAGAUUGUGGAAAGACGUUGCGGGCUGGCAGCUCCUUGGUUCGCACUGUUUGCAGAAGUGUUGCUUUGCUCAGUGCGGGCAUGCACCCUUCGGAGACAGGUUGGCCGCCGCAGCAGAUGCCAACGUGCGCUGACUCAAAACAUGGCAUAACGGUCAUGACGACGCAGAAUGAAGGCCUGGAUCACAAAGUCAGACGGGGGCCAACCUGCCGCCAACGAGCCUCGUCUAUGUUGGUCGUGCAGGGCCACCGGUGGCUACCUGUGGCCUCGUCCAAGGAUGCUCUUGGCUUCAUCUUCCACAACACAAGAAGAGCAGGACUCCACGCAGGCCACGCAGGAGAGCCGUGUUUCGACGAUCUGUGCGUGAAUGAGGCGAGGGAGGGCGACGAAGGGCCCCAGCCUCAAGAGUGUGUGGCACCAGACGAUCUUGAGCCAGACGACGGUGGCAGGGUCGAUCUGCCUAGCGCUUGUCCAGAUUCCACUGUUGUGCCGGUUGCAGUCGUGGCUCCUUUGAUAGCCUUGCAAGUUGGGCUUGCUGCAGUCACCGUGCUGUUGAUGGGGUACUGCUCUUUGGCAGACCCCGGGCAACUCAAAAAGACGCGGAACAUCCUGCUAGACGGGAUUGACCUGGAGCAGGGUGACCGCCCACUCCGAGCUCAUAAGUCCUGGCAGUACCGUGGGAAGAUCCGACGGUAUGACCAUUACUGUAAAUGGGUCAAUAACGUCAUCGGUCUCCUGAACCACCGUGAAUUCGUCCUAAUGUUGAUUGGCCUGUGCCUGAUUGGCUUGCUUGGGGUGGCCCUGGAUGGCUAUCUUGCGUUGCUCCUUGCAACAAAGGGCCUUUGGGAAGCCGAGGUAGCGGUGGUAUUGCACCUUGCAUUCUCCGUAGUCCUCUUGGCAAUUGAAGUGCCUAUCUUCCAAAUACACGUCGGCCUGGUCAGCAGGAUCGUUGCCGGUCAACUGUUCAGUGACAAAGCUAAGGCCAACCAGACCUCCAUGGGAGACGGGGUACCGGUAGAGGAGCUGGAUGACGAAGAGUACAACCAGCUCUUCGAUGAAAAAGCAUUUGUUUAUGACAAGACCAGGUUGGUCCAACAAUUGCUGCAAUUUCUGGUGCUGGCCGCGCUGGCCGGCUGCCAGUGGCUGAGAAAGAGGGCGAUGUCGAAGCUCAUGUUCGCAAGCUUUGCUGUAAUGGACAGUGCAGCGUCUGUCAGCACCCAGUUUCACCAAAGCGAAGAACUGAGUCUAGGAUUUGACCAGUGCGGUCCAGCGAAGAGACAGCUGAGCAGACUCGCCUCGCAUCUGGACAUCGGCCAGUAUUUCCUGAGGAAUGGACAGCUCCAGCGCUCUUCCGCAUUUGCCGGUGCCAUGGCGCGUGCUGCGGCAGCAAGAGGCGGGGGAGUGCAAGCCCUGCACAAUGCGGCCCGACCGAAGGAGAAGGAUGAGGCAUGCGUGGAACCAAUGCAGGCCACGAAGGCGAUCGCCGGCGUAGCAGUGGCGACACUGGCCGACGAGGCGUCCACCAGGCGCAAGUCGGCUUUGAUUUUGCUCAAACCCGUUGACGACAGUGGCCUCCCGUUUGUGGAGCAGAUGAUUGCAGAUGCCACGUUGACGCGGAUGGGCCACCUUGACAACGUUGUACGUACAUUGGCGAAGCCUGAGCGUCAAAAGUGGGUCUCCCUGCUAGUCAAAGCCAUUGAGAGCCUGCGGGGUCAUGAAUCACACCAAGAGACUUUGACGUUGAUUGCUGACUUCAAGCUCCUUGGGCGAGCUGAUGACAAGCCCAGUUGGACCUACGCCGACGCAGAAGCGGAGCAGCGGCUGAAGGCUUUGCGUCCGCGGGCCAACGGAAAAGCUGGGCGGUCGAAUGGGUUGGCCGCCGCAGCAGAUGCCAACGUGCCUGGAUCACAAAGUCAGACGGGGGCCAACCUGCCGCCAACGAUGCUCUUGGCUUCAUCUUCCACAACACAAGAAGAGCAGGACUCCACGCAGGCCACGCAGGAGUCUGAGCCGUGUUUCGACGAUCUGUGCGUGAAUGAGGCGAGGGAGGGCGACGAAGGGCCCCAGCCUCAAGAGUGUGUGGCACCAGACGAUCUUGAGCCAGACGACGGUGGCAGGGUCGAUCUGCCUAGCGCUUGUCCAGAUUCCACUGUUGUGCCGGUUGCAGUCAUGGCUCCUUUGAUAGCCUUGCAAGUUGGGCUUGCUGCAGUCACCGUGCUGUUGAUGGGGUACUGCUCUUUGGCAGACCCCGGGCAACUCAAAAAGACGCGGAACAUCCUGCUAGACGGGAUUGACCUGGAGCAGGGUGACCGCCCACUCCGAGCUCAUAAGUCCUGGCAGUACCGUGGGAAGAUCCGACGGUAUGACCAUUACUGUAAAUGGGUCAAUAACGUCAUCGGUCUCCUGAACCACCGUGAAUUCGUCCUAAUGUUGAUUGGCCUGUGCCUGAUUGGCUUGCUUGGGGUGGCCCUGGAUGGCUAUCUUGCGUUGCUCCUUGCAACAAAGGGCCUUUGGGAAGCCGAGGUAGCGGUGGUAUUGCACCUUGCAUUCUCCGUAGUCCUCUUGGCAAUUGAAGUGCCUAUCUUCCAAAUACACGUCGGCCUGGUCAGCAGGAUCGUUGCCGGUCAACUGUUCAGUGACAAAGCAAAGGCCAACCAGACCUCCAUGGGAGACGGGGUACCGGUAGAGGAGCUGGAUGACGAAGAGUACAACCAGCUCUUCGAUGAAAAAGCAUUUGUUUAUGACAAGACCAGGAACCGUUGGGACAAAGGUUGGUCCAACAAUUGCUGCAAUUUCUGGUGCUGGCCGCGCUGGCCGGCUGGUGAACUCGGCGAGUUCUGA